AUGGUCAAGAUGCGGAUCCCUAUUCGGGAGCAACUGGGCUGUCUGGUGCUGCUGGCUUCGACCGUUGGCCUUGCUGUCAUCGCCAUUGCAACAUGGAUCACCAACCACAGCUUCGUGCUUGGGAUAAGAGCAACCCGCCUCACGUUGACUGCCUCGCUCAAAGCCGCCCAGCUAUCGUCGAACCUCUCGCUCAUGCAAAUCCUAGUCGUACAGGCAGCCAAUCGCCUCUCGCCGCAGACCGCAUUGGACAGGUUCUACAAAGGGAAUUACAGCCAAUCAAAUUGGGGUCGAACUAUGGAAGACUACGAUGCUGUAUUUGCUGGUGAUAGCAGUACUCAGGCCGCCAUCCAGGCAGGAAUAUAUCAGGCCAACUCCACUGCGUAUCAGAUCUUUAACCGCACAGCAUACAACGUGGCCAACGUUGUUCUGCCCAUCCUCAAGCCUGAUGGAAAUAAUGCCACCUUGGGUGACCCCGUCUACGGUUUCAUUCCCGAGCUCUACCCAAAGCUGGACAUCGAGACGAUUGUGGUUAACAACUCAUUCAACUCAUACAGAGGCAGAUACGACGGUAGGAUCGUCGACAAUACCAGCUACCUGUUCUCUGGGCCAUAUCGCGUCAACGAAACAUUCAGCCUUGUCUCCAUCACGUUGCCGAUCAUCAACAACACCUCAAAUAUAGAAACUUUGGGGUGGCUGACGACGGUUCUAGAUGCGAGUCUGAUUACCAGCGUGGUCAACGCGAUCGAAGGCCUAGACCAAACCGGCCUCACUCUGCUGAUUGGACCUAACAACGUGACCAACAACUUCCCCCCUGGCUAUCUGUACACGCAAUCGGAUCAGCAUGCGCCUGAAAAUGCCCAGGUUCGAUAUUUGAUACCUCCCACCAUCAGAAGCGACGUCAAGCGACAUGGGCAGUACGAUACUUCCCUUGACCCGCCUCCCUUCGAUUGGACGAAAUAUCCUGCUAUCCGCAAAGGCUAUACCCAGGCCACUGGUGCCGCCGGGAAUGCUGGUAGCAUUAUUGACACGCGAAACGAGGAUGGAGACAGUGUCGCCGUAGGGUAUGCCGUUGUCAACAGCCCCAUGGUAGACUGGAUGAUCGUGGUCGAACAGGAACACAACGAAGUUUGGGGUCCCAUCUACCAUCUGCGAAAAGUCAUUCUUGCCUGUGUGUUUGGUACCAUGGGCGCAAUGCUGAUUGUUAUCUUCCCGGUCGCCCACUUCUCAAGCCGCCCCAUUCGCCGACUACGGGACGCCACCAGGAAGACUGUAGCGCCGCAGAGUUUCGACGACGAAAGUUUCGGCUCGCAGAACGACGGUGCCAAUGAUGACUCUCAGGAAGAAGUUGCGCGCAAAGAAGGUUUUUUUGGCUCGGUCAUACAUUACCGCCGGAAUCAGAAACUCAGCCGCGCAGAAAAGAAAGAGGCAGAGCGGAGGAGACAAUUCCGCAUCCCGAGCAAAGUCAAGGAUCGCAAACAUUUCAUACAUGAUGAGCUCACUGAUCUCACCAAAACUUUCAACGAAAUGACAGACGAGCUUAUGAUGCAGUACGAGAAACUCGAAGAAAGAGUAGCGCAAAGAACGGCGGAACUGGAACACAGCAAAAAGGCUGCAGAAGCAGCGAACGAGAGCAAGACUUUGUUCAUUGCCAACAUCUCGCACGAGCUCAAAACGCCUCUGAACGGAAUCUUGGGCAUGUGUGCGGUCUGUAUGGGGGAAGAUGACCCAGUGAAGCUGAGACGGUCACUGGGCAUCAUCUACAAGAGUGGCGACCUAUUACUAAAUCUGUUGACUGAUCUGUUAACCUUUAGCAAAAAUCAAGUCGGCCAGCACCUCAGUCUUGACGAGAAGGAGUUUAGGUUAAGAGAUAUUUCCCAGCAAAUCUUGGCAAUAUUUGACAAGCAGGCCAAAGAAGGCGAGAUCAAACUGGCUGUCGAAUUCGAAGGCAUGUACGAGAACAAUCUGGACGACAACGGGCGACCAAACGCAUUCGGCGACUUGGGGCCGUUCGGUCUUGGCAGACUCAAGGACAUGAUACUGUACGGCGAUCAGCACAGAAUCCUCCAGGUCGUCAUCAACCUGGUGUCGAACAGUUUGAAGUUCACUCCGCCAGGGGGUGCUGUGACCCUUGUUAUUCGAUGCGUAGGCGAGGCGCACAUGUCCGACAGCCGAAAAGCUUCUUUGCAGUCGCGACAGAGCUCGACGCGGAAUUCGAAGACCCGCUUCAGGACGUCAAGCUCGGAAGUGGGCUCAGUAUCGAUCGCACCAAGCAACUACGACACUGCGAACGUCAUCAACGCUUUCGAGAAGCCCAGCUCAUACGCCAACAUGAUGGCACAGGAACGAGCAGCGACUCCACCACCCGGCCGCUGGCUAUCGUUUGAGUUCGAGGUCGAAGAUACUGGCCCGGGUAUUCCCGACAAUUUGCAUGCCAAGAUUUUCGAGCCAUUCGUCCAGGGCGACCUUGGCCUCAGCAAGAAGUACGGUGGCACUGGUCUUGGACUGAGCAUCUGUUCUCAGCUUGCAGGCCUGAUGAAAGGCACCAUCGGAUUGAAGAGCGAAGUCGGACAAGGCAGUGUUUUCACGAUGCAAAUCCCCUUGAAGCACCUACAAAGCCGUGCUGACAGCUCGGCAAGCUCAAGCAACAACGUACCCUUCGAAAGCACGACCCCACGUCGAAGUGUCGAAGACACACGGGACGCAAUGUCGGGUCUCUCUAUGCAUUCAACAACCAGCGCUCACAAUACCAACACAGCACCCGGCGGCCCUGUGGCAUUUGAUGUAGAUACACAACCGCGUCUGGUUGGCCUCAGCCAACCUUUCUUUGCAUCAAACGCUCCUCUCGAAUCGCCAAACUCGCAGGCAGCAGCUGUACAGCGGAUAGAAGCAGAGGCUACAAAGCGUGGCGGCAAGGUCAAGGUCCUCGUCGCCGAAGACAACAAAACGAAUCAAGAGGUUGUUCUACGAAUGUUGAAGCUCGAAGAUGUGUACGACGUCACCGUCGCCAAAGACGGCCAAGAAGCUCUGGACAAGGUCAGGGAGAGUAUGGAGCACAAGGCACCAUACAACCUGAUCUUCAUGGACGUGCAAAUGCCGAAUCUCGAUGGUCUGCAAUCCACGCGACUCAUCCGAGCAUCUGGUUUCUCCUCACCCAUCGUUGCCCUGACUGCCUACGCGGAAGAGAGCAAUGUCAAAGAAUGUCUCGAAUCCGGCAUGGACUUCUUCCUCUCCAAACCCAUCCGUCGCCCUGCCCUCAAACACGUUCUCAAAACCUACUGCCCACCCAUCAUCGAAGAAGAGGAAGAAUCAACAACACCGCCCGGCUCGAGCACAGCCGCGCCAACACCAGCCAACGGCCACAUAUCGCAAUCACAGCCACAACGACCCGGACUACUUCAUCCGGGUUUCGCGCCGUUCAAUACAGGCGCCACCAGUAACGCACGCGAAUCUCCCGCUGUAUCGCCUGGCACUCUACCCCCGUCGUAA